UUUCGACUCCUACGUGCAGGCAAAAUGGAACCCGAGGAACGGCCUAGCAAAAUUCGGAAGCUGGAUCAUAAUGAGGAACCUGUGUCGGCGCCCGUUGAGAACGAACACCCAGAUCAGCAAGGUCACGAGGAUUCCGCGAUACCAGAAACGCCAAACGAGGAGACGAAAUCUACCCAAGGCGAAGCAGAUACGACCCCCAAGUUGUCCAAAAACCAAUUGAAAAAGCAGAGACGUCUUGAGGCAUGGGAAGCCGGCCGCGAAGACCGCAAAAUCAAGCGCAAGGAGAAAAUCAAAGCCAAGAAGGAACGCAGGCGAGAAGAACGACGACAGCAAAAUGCUGAAGCUGGUUCCGGUGGAGCAGCAGCUGGAGCCGUUGUCCCGAAACCAAAGGGCCCUUCACCCAAGAGGGGGACUCAGGUUCCGAUUACAGUGAUCUUCGAUUGUGCUUUUGAGGACUUUAUGUUCGAUAAUGAAAUGAAGUCCCUGGGUUUGCAGAUCACGAGAUGUUAUUCCGAUAACCGAAAAGCGAAGUAUCAAACUCAUCUGGCUAUCUCGUCAUUUGGUGGAAAGAUGAAGGAAAGGUUCGAUGGGAUCUUGGCCAAACAGUAUACCUCCUGGAAGGGGGUGCGUUUCUUCUCCGAGGAUUUCGUCGAAGUAGCGGAGAAGGCGAAGGAGUGGAUGGGUGGAAGUGCAGGUGGCGCGAUUGCCGGGGCCCUCGCCGAACAGGACGACCAAAGUGAAGAAAAAGAAGAAGAAAAAGAAGAAGAAGAAGAAGGCGGCGAGAUUGUCUAUCUCUCUAGCGAAAGCGACGUCGUCCUGGAGAGACUCAAGCCGAACAGCACGUACAUCAUUGGUGGACUUGUCGACAAAAAUCGGCACAAGGGACUUUGCUACAAGCGCGCCCUAAACAGGGGCAUCAAGACGGCCAAACUACCAAUUGGCGAGUUCUUGCACAUGAAGAGCCGGCAAGUCUUGGUGACGAAUCAUGUGCUUGAGAUUAUGCUGAAGUGGCUGGAAUUUGGAGAUUGGGGAAAGGCUUUCAUGGAGGUUCUUCCAAAGAGGAAGGGCGGAGUUCUCAGGAGUGAACUCGAGGCAACUCCCCAAGCCGACAGCAUAGCAGGAUCAGAAGCAGAUGGCGAUGUGCGCCCAGAGGAAGAAGGAGAGCCUGCCAACGAUCUUGAUCAGCUUUCUGAUCACAGCGAGCACGAAGAGACGACGAAAACAACUGGUGAAACCAGCACGGCAUAGUUGCAUACCCCUUCUAAGGGAUAUUGUAAGAAUAGCAUAGAAAUGCCAUCAUAUUUUAUCAUGUGCCCCGCCUCCUGUACCACCACGAACACGC